CCAGUUUGCUGUUAACCAAGGUUUGUCUUUUAAAAGCGAGCCACCCUAUAUAAAGAGCUUUACACAGAGACUCGGUGAAGCAGGAAAUAGAAAUGGACGCGCAGCUGAAGCUGGCCAUGGCAAUGUCUAUUCUACGUUCUCGUUCAAAGCAACCACAAGCUGUACAGGACCUUCAACACUGGAAGAAAAAGGCAAAAGAACGGAAGGGGGAAUUGAUAAAGCUUAAGAAUGAUAUUAAGGAAAUCAAAGAUGGCAUGCUGUCAGAGAUGCUCCCACAAGUUGCUUCAUGCAAAUGCCAAUUCUUUGAUAUUUUAAACAGCUCGAGUACAGAAGAACAAAUAAGAAGUCAGGAGGGGGAUGAUUGUGCUAUGCAUGAUGUGCUGUUGCGUCAGUUUUUGAGAAAAGUUCGCUUAAGAGAGAGACUUAAGAAUCAUAAAGACAUAUGUACAGGAUGCGUCUUGCCCAUUGAUCACUAUUCAUGUGAUGGCGAGAAAGGGAAUCUUGUUUUUGUAGCAAAUUUUCUUCUGGAGCUUGUCAACAUGCAAAGCCCUCAUAAUUUACAGGCAUUCAAUAAACAACUAUUUUCCACAUAUGCACACCAAGCUGUGGACUUUAUUAGAGAUUCUGUACAGGGCUUAUCAACAAGAGAAGAGGAUGAAACAUUUAUUACUGCAGUGGUCAAUAAUUUGAUUAGGCUUUUAAUUAACAGGAUAUGUUCCACUCCAAAACACAAUGAUUUUGAUGCAUCAGUCUAUAAUACUGAAUUCCAUGUUCAACAUAUAAUGCGUAAACUGGGAGUAGUGCCAUUUAUUGGACAGCGGAUACUACUGGCUACAUCCGAAACAAUCAUUUCUGUUACUGACAGCUUAUUUUGCAUGGAUCCUUUUGAUCCUACAUUUUUUCAAGUGCAUGAGUCCAUGUUUACAAUGAUGCAAUUAGUUGAACAUUUGGUAUCAGAUUAUGCAUGCUCUUGGACAGCGGAUACAACUUUCAAUGAUAGAUUACUUGAAGAAUGGAUAAAAUGCUAUUUGCAAGUGACGAAAAUUGGACAGAUGCUAGAGCCAAGGAACUCUCUUUAUGCCACCUACAUAGAUAGGAUAAGGGGGGAACUAGCAAAACAACUUAACAAGAUUGCUUCUUCAAAAGAUUACAACAAUGAAAAAGAUAAGUUCCUUGACAUUUGGAGCUCAGUAUUCGCUUAAAAUGUCAUCCUCAACUGAACUGUUGAAACAAUACGUUGUAAAAUAUUUUUUUCUAUAAACAUUGUAUCAAUUUUUUUUUUGAUUAACGCAAAUGUCUCUUCAUACUAUAUUAGAAAGGUUCCGAUCCUUUCAUACAAGCAGCAACAAUGCAAAUCGUCCGCGAUGUACUCCCCUACAUGAAUAAUGGAAUCUAGAAUAGCAACAAAUAAGGGAGGUUGUAUAAUGCAUGAUAAGACAUCUGCCUUCCCAUAAUAAUUCGUCAAACAGAACAAUUUUUUUCAAAAUUCAUAGAACUUUUAAUGGUCAUGGACAUACAACAUAUGAGGUAUAGCCUUUUCAUCGAUGAAGUGGCAUAGGUAUGACAAAAAUCAUAAAAAUAAGCUUUCAAUUUUCAUC